UAUGUGAAGUGUAGGGAGUCUGUAUGAGUGUAAGUACUCUGCUGAGCUCACCUUCACGCCCUGCCAGCUCACUGCUGUAAGUGGUUGAGCUCCUGAUUGGCAGAGGUUCCAGUGACAUCAGAGGAGUUACAAAAAAAAAAAAAAAAUAGCCAAGACAAAUGCUUGCAACUUGCAAGUGGAGAAAAGAACAAGGUGAGGGAUGCAUGGAGAGAGAGUGGCUCCAACCCUGCCUGUUGCCGAUGGGAUAGAGAAGGAGAAAUUGGAGUCUGCACUCACAGCCAGCACAGAGCCCCUGGAUAUGCCGAGAUGACUUUACAUGCUUAUGCCAGAUUCCCCAUUCACGGCUGCAGAACAUUGAUGCUCUCCUUGUAGUCUGCAAAGGGAACACUUGGAGGAGACGCAAUUUUUUUUAUUUAUUUAUUUAUUUUUUGUUGCACGGGAUUAAACAAAUAAAUAAAAUAACAGCUGGGACUCGCAAAAAAAAAAAAGGAAACAAGUUGAUUUUAAAGUAUGUUUAAAAAGAGGAGGACUGUGCUCAGGAUAAGCCCAGACUUCUGCUCAGCAGCCGUAAGGAGGACACAGUGUAACAGCAAGUGAUGUGGAAAAAACACAGAGAGCACAAAACUCUCAUCCAGAUACAAACGCGGCACACAGGUUGAUCAUGGUAGCUGGGAUUCGUUCUCUGCUCCUCCUGCUGCUUUAUCAGGUGCUGUUGAGUGGCUGCACCAGGCUUAUCCCAGAGGUGGAAAGGAGGAAAUAUACAGAGUCCGGCCGGGCGUCUCCUGAGGAGUCCCAGGGCAUCCUCAACCAGUUCGAGCUUCGCUUGCUCAACAUGUUCGGCUUGAAGAGGCGUCCGACCCCUGGCAAAAACGCAGUAAUCCCUCACUACAUGUUGGAAUUGUACCAUCUGCACUCGGCCCAGCUGGCUGACCACCAAGACAAGCCCCCCAUGGAUUAUCAGAAGGAGCGUGUAGCCAGCCGUGCAAAUACAGUCCGAAGCUUUCACCACGAAGAGUCCCUGGAAGACGUUCCUGAUUCCAGAGAUAAGGCUGUUCAACGUUUCUUCUUUAACUUGACUUCUAUCCCUGAUGAAGAGAUGAUGACAUCAGCUGAGCUCCGGAUUUUUCGAGAGCAGGUUCAAGAGCCAUUUGAAAGUGACAGCAGUAAAGCUCUUCGUAUUAAUAUUUAUGAUAUUAUCAAGCCAGCUGCUGCUGCCUCCAGGGGGCCUGUCACAAGACUUUUAGACACCCGACUGAUGCAUCAUAAUGUAAGCAGAUGGGAAAGCUUUGAUGUCACACCAGCUAUUAUAAGGUGGAUUGCACACAGACAGCCUAAUCAUGGGUUUGUUGUAGAAGUGACUCAACUGAACAAUGACAAAAAUGUCACAAAGAGGCAUGUGAGGAUAAGCAGAUCAUUACUGCCAGAUAGAAACCAUUGGUCCCAGAUAAGGCCACUUUUAGUAACUUACAGCCACGAUGGCAAAGGACGUCCUCUCCACAAAAGAGAAAAACGACAAGCCAGGCACAAGCAAAGGAAACGGCUUAAGUCCAGCUGUAGAAGACAUCCGUUAUAUGUAGAUUUCAGCGACGUUGGCUGGAAUGACUGGAUUGUCGCCCCGCCUGGGUAUCAUGCCUUCUACUGCCAUGGAGAAUGCCCGUUUCCACUUGCAGAUCAUUUUAACUCUACAAAUCAUGCUAUAGUACAAACUUUGGUGAAUUCUGUUAACUCGAACAUUCCGAAGGCUUGUUGUGUCCCGACAGAGUUAAGCGCUAUCUCUAUGCUCUACCUGGAUGAAAAUGAAAAAGUUGUAUUAAAAAAUUAUCAAGACAUGGUUGUCGAAGGGUGUGGGUGCCGUUAAUAAAAUAUAACUUGCAAAAUAAAAACACACACCUUUUUUAAAUAAGAAAAAAAAAAAGAAAAAAACACAAAGUUGACACUUUAAGAUUUCCCUAUGGAGACCUUUAUUUAUGUAAUGAAAAUGCUAAAAACUGUUAAUUCGAAUAUAUAUAUAUAUUUAUGUCUACAAGAAAGUUGGGAAGCAAAUAUUUUAACCAGAGAAAUAUUCCUUUUUUUUUUUUUUUUUUUUAAGUUGUACAUUUUAUACGGGUUUUGUACCCAGCACAUGAAGUAUAAUGGUCAGAUUCUUAUUUUGUAUUUAUUUUCCAUUAUAACCACUUUUUAGACAAAUAGCUGUUUUUUUUUAUUUAUAUGUAAUCAAAAGAAAUAUAGGGAUUGUAAAUAAGUUUCUUAAAGCAGAUUUGUGUAUUUAAGUUGAAAGGUAUACAUGGGAGGUAAAGGAAAAUGCUAAAUAUUUGACUUUCUUCUAUGCUACUGUUGAGGUCAUUAGUUUAAACCCACAAGAAAAAAGUUAAUCUCAAGAAUUACCAGGACGGAUAAUCGUGUUGAACAACUCUCAGGCAUUCUGCAGUGGUUGCUGUACAAUCCUUUAGAAACGCAAAACCUUUAUAAAAUAUGCACAUUUUUUUUUUUUAUGGGCUUAAUAGUUGGUAAUUGGUUACUUUGAAAAAAAUUCAGCCUUCUCAUCUCAGUUCCAACUUCCUACCACCCAACCCCCCACCCCACCCACCAGCUGCCAGUAAACUUGAAUAAUAAUAAAAAUUUCAAUUUAAAAAAGUAUUAUAAGGCAGAACACAAAAAUGUACAUGGUGGGAAUGUUUCUAAAUCAUUGAACUAUUAUUGUUUUUUUCCAAGGCUUUUUUAUACAUCCCGGGGUAAGUGAAAGAGGGUGCUAGAUAUUUUUAAAACGGCAAUCAUUUACAUGGCAAAACCAGGAAUGCUGCUUUAAAAAUACACGCAUUCUCGCACAAAGUCCCGCAAUUCCAGCUUCUUGCGCCCUAUUACUUUUACCACCCAAAAAAUGUAUUUAUUUAAUGUGAUUACCUUAUGCUGAUUAGGAGAAUUGUUCUUUCUUCUUCUUUUAAUUUGUUCUAUUCAUAAAGGGCUGUUAAAUGUAAUAUACAAGAGCAUUAUACAUAAAAAAGUGUUUUGUAACAUUCACAAAUAUAUAAAUACAUAUAUGUGCAUUUCCACACCAUGGUAGAACGUUAAGAGCUACAUCCCUGAAAAAAGCAAUAGAGAUUUAAGUAGCAAACUUUUUUUUUUUUUGGGAGAUCUUAAGAGUCCAUUAUAUCAUCCAUCAGUGUAUGUAACGACGGUCCUAAAUGUUUAUAAACUGUUUCAGUUCAGUAGGAGCACACUCAACCUACCAGGGAACUAGUAUAUGGCAUACUUACAUCGCAGGUGGGAAGGGCUGAUGGCGUGGCACUGAGAAUUGCAUCAUACUAUGGUGUAAUGAAACGAUUUAUGGCACUAUGUGGUGAGGUAUGGGUACACGAAUACGUGAUUAACUUUGAAUUGUGUGAUCACACUCCCACCCCCCCAAGAUUGUGAGUCCCAUGGAAAUUUCGACAAGUAUGGUACAAGACCUUCCCUCAACUGGAUCAGUUUAAAACUCCAGGCAUUAAUAUUUGCCCCAGAAAAAUUGGCAAAAGAACUUGGAUACACAUCAAUCCAGUUUACAACGCUGAGCACUGAUCUUGAUUGCAGUAGCAAAAUAUUGCUUAUUUUCUAUGCAAGCGCUAUGGGCAGUGAGGGAAAACUGGUGGUGUUACUGAUUACAAAGUUUAUUUGCUCGUUUGUGCUGCAUUGAUGUUGUAUUUAACAAUAUUAUCCAGUUGAGUUGAAGAUCCAUUCUGUACCUUUCAGUAAAUGUACAGAGAUGUCUAGGCAUACAAAUAUAUAAUAUUCUAGUAUUGGGAAUGAUGCACAUUGCACGUAUUACAUAGCGGUGUUUUUUGUUUAUUUCUUGCAUUCUAGAUUUAACAGUCCUUUUUAACGGUUAAUGAUAUUCUGUGUAUCACUGUCUGUACUAUGCACCAAACAUAAAGUAGAAUCAAAAUAGUUUUAUUUAAAACAAAAUACCACACACACAAUUACAUGUAUAACCAAAUGUAUCUAUUGCACUCUCCAAAUGGAGAACACACACACAGACACGUCAGAAAUAGAAGCUUUUUCAUUUUACGGUAGCUUUUAGUGCUGCUUUUGGGUAUUUUUCAAUUCCAUUGCGUGGUGGUGUUUUUUUUGGGGGGGUUCACUGAUUUAUUGCAGCUAGGUCUCACUUCCUACUGUAUGCACAACUUCAUCUCUGCACAGUGGAGGGGGUGCUGGGUAAAUUAAAGAAUUGUGUUUUCUUUGCAAAACCAUGAAAAAUAAUUUGUUUCCAGAAGUCAAAUUACCCGUAGGUACCUCUCCUAUUUUCAAGGUUGGUUUGGACUGUAAGAAAUAUUUUCAAACUUUCUUUUCCCAGACUUCUUAAAGUUUAACAAGCCAGUAUCACUAGCUUGAAUCUAUAGGUUGUAGAUUUUUCACCAGACACCAGUCACCACUCUUGUUUUUGUAAUUUUGUUUUACUUUUUUCAAUGUUUUUGUUUUGCCAGAUUAUCAGUCCUGGGUUUUGUAUUGAAGUAAAAAACAAAACAAAAAAAAACAUUCUUGAAAUGUCAAAUUGGAUUUGGUUAAUAAAUGGUGGAGUUCUGACUUCAGUUCUUCUAAACUAAAA